GACCUUUUUGCAGCGUUCGAAAUAACUUCCUUGAGAGAAACAACACUUGGCGCGAAUCAAUGGCUGUCAGACAAUCAUAGACUCCAUUUCAACACCAGUUCUUAUCUAGAAGAUUUACUUCCCAAGAACGACAAAGACGCAUCUGCAAGGAUCAAAUGGAACAGUAGUUUGAAAAACAGAAUGAUGGAUACAAAAGUGGAUUCUUUAGACGAUCCUAUUGGUCUGAAAAUAGUUUUGACUGCCAUGCAAAUUCGUAGGUUCAACGUAGAACAACUCGACCGCGAUUCAAUUCCCCUCAGAUUCACUGAGGAACGCCCGACGCUCAUUACAACCGCCGGUAAAACCAUUGCUGCCCAAGAAAAAGAUAUAAUUCAAAGGAAACUUCUUUCAUCGUGGACAUUUCUGUCGCCUACUAAUGGCCUAACCUAUCAACAAUAUAAAUCAAAAUAUCGAAUGAAGUAUGCUGGGUUGAACCACGCCCUUCCUGAUAAUGUUCAAAUUCUCACAUUAGAACCUUGGAAAGGCGAAUCAUUUCUUCUUCGAUUAGAGCAUGUGAUAGAAAGCAAUGAAGAUCCUGUUUUAUCCAAGCCAGUGCUUGUUGAUUUGAAGGACCUUUUUGCAGCGUUCGAAAUAACUUCCUUGAGAGAAACAACACUUGGCGCGAAUCAAUGGCUGUCAGACAAUCAUAGACUCCAUUUCAACACCAGUUCUUAUCUAGAAGAUUUACUUCCCAAGAACGACAAAGACGCAUCUGCAAGGAUCAAAUGGAACAGUAGUUUGAAAAACAGAAUGAUGGAUACAAAAGUGGAUUCUUUAGACGAUCCUAUUGGUCUGAAAAUAGUUUUGACUGCCAUGCAAAUUCGUACUUUCAUUAUAGAAAUGGAGAACAAAUAGUUAGCUAUACAAAUUUGAGUUAAAGUUGAUUUUAAUAUAUGUUUUGAAUCGGU